AUGGCGCACGAUGAUGUACGUGUCGGUGAGGUGGUCAAUGUCCCCGGUGGCAUGCAUGGAACGGUCAAAUACUUGGGACCAGUAGCGGGGAAGGCCGGACGAUUCGCAGGAGUCGAACUGAGUUCUGAACACGCGCAAAGAGGCAAAAACAGUGGCGAUGUCGACGGCCGGAAGUACUUUGUGACCUCCAUUCCGGGUGCUGGCAUAUUCGUUCCCAUGAACAACAACAAAUAUGUCACAAAGCGCUCAAAUGUCUCUACACCCACCACUCCUGCGCGUGGAAGACCCGUCAACUUUAGCAAAUCCGUCAGUGCAGCACUGACGACCCCUCGCCCUCGAGUCCGGCGACCCUCUCUCCCUCGACCCGAAUCCCCGCGCGUGCCUCCUCCAAAGCUAAGCCUAGCCGGCUUGCGUACACCAUCAGCUGCAUCGAGGACAAGCGGGAUGAACAGCGCCAUGCGUAGCCCCGUCAAGGCACCAUCUCGGCUGUCUGAUAGACCCUCUUCGCGACUGAGUGUGGAUGAUGAUGCUUCGUCGUAUGGACGGCCAUCAGACUUCCGCCAACCACCCUCGUCGGAGAUUCAAGAACUGAAGGAUCAGAUCAAAAGCCUAGAGAAGCAGCUUCUAGACCGAGAUAAGCAGCUCGAUGAGCAGUCUGGCACUUUGAGCGAGUUCCAGAAGACCUUGGAGGAGAUGGAGGGACCGGAUGGCCAUUCGGUCCGAACACAGCUACGUGAACGCAACGAGCGGAUUAUCCAAUUAACAGCCGAAUUCGACGUCCACCGCGCAGAUUUCAGAAGCACCCUCGAUACAUUGGAGAUCGCGGCCUCCGAAACAGAACGCGUCUACGAGCAGCGUCUCGACGAGCUUAUGCAGCAGAACAAGGAACUGCAGGACCGCGGCGAAGAUGUUGAGAUUGUUGCGCAGCAGCUCAAACAAUUGGAAGAACUGGUCUCGGAGUUAGAGGAAGGUCUCGAGGAUGCCCGCCGUGGAGAGGCCGAGGCUAGGGCCGAAGUCGAGUUCCUCCGCGGUGAAGUUGAGCGAACCAAGUUGGAGCUCAAAAAAGAGCGUGAUAACUCCGCCGCUGCAUUGAAAGACGCACACUCCACCGACGGACCCCGCAGCAGUAGUGAACUAGACCAGAAAGAUGAUGAGAUCCGAGGACUCAAAGCCAUUAUUCAUUCAUUGAGCCGCGGAAACCCCAGCACGGCAGGCUUGGGACAGAAUAAUUCGGACUAUGAUCAUAAUCCAGAAGAGAUUAAUCAGCUGGAGAUUCGACUACAAGAGAUCGAAGAAAAUACGAACCGCAAAGACAGCCGGAUCGAAGAGCUUGAGCGUGAACUCAAAGAAAUGCACCUGCAGUCUGGUAGCCGUCGCCGCAGCUCUACUGUCACCCUUUCACCGAAGCAACACAGGCCAUCGCAGUCUGCGGGCAAUAUCUCCAAUCACUCAAACAACCCCAACCCCAACCGUCUCUCUGACCGUACAGUGGUCCCGACCGACUGGCACGAUGCUCCUUCGGAGCCCCGCCAUCGCCGUGAUAUCUCCAACUCUUCCCAAUCGCGGCUCGAAACCAUGCAUGAAUCCGAGCGCUCUUCCGACGAGGAUACCAUGUGGUGCGAGAUCUGCGAAACCGGCGGCCAUGAUAUCCUGAACUGCACCAGCAUGUUCGGCUCUGGCAAGAACACUGCUGAACGGAAGAAUCUCGCUCGUGAUGCUCCCGACGAACUUGCCGAUGAACACCCAGUUCAGAAGACCGAACCUCUCAAAACCAAAGCCUCGUCCAUCCAUUCUGAUACUCCCCCCGCAUUGAAGACGGGAAGGGAUGUGGUCAUGGAAGGAUUGAAGGGCAUCGGCGGGCUGAGCUCCUCCAUGGCUCCUAUUGCCGGUAAAUCAUCGGGAGUCAUCGACGAGUCUAAGUGGUGUGCUCUUUGUGAGCGAGAUGGCCACGAGAGCAUUGACUGCCCAUUUGAUGAGUAA